AUGGACUACUUCAAGACCAUAUCUGGCAUGCAAGUGGGUGAACUGCUUAAGUAUGAGAAUGCAGUUGGAAAUUGUUAUCACCAAGAAUUCUUAAAAGGACUGGUUUUCCUACCUCAUAAGUCAUGGAACAGCCAUUUGACUGGUGUUAUCAAACAGUUUGUGAAACAUAAAGGGAGCCACAGUGUGGGCAGUGCAAGAACCCCUAAUGGCAACGCCGACGAAUCCGAGUUCUCUGCCAUCGCCGUCUUCUUUCCCCGGUCGGCGAUCGCUCGGGAUAUUUUAUUGAGAAAUAUAAAUGUGGCCACUAAUUUCUGCAUCAAGAUUCCCGCAGAUCGUGAUGAACGAGCGUGGUUCGAGUUUUGUAUUCCAUCCUUUUCUGCAGCGAAAGAAAAAGAUAACGUAAAUGGCUUUGCCUUUCCUUCUCUGAUUCCCUUCUCGACCUUCACCUUCACCUUCACCUUCACCUUCCUCUCUGUACUCGAGGUUGUCCCCUUCUGCAUCGCUCCGGCCCGACUCGUCGUUUUCAUGGAGGAGCACGCCGACUUCCGCGACUGGGAGAUCCUUCCGGGGUCCGACGCCGGAGAGGACUUCAAGACUUUGCGAGCCUCGUCGGAGGACGGCUCCGAAGACGGUGCCAUCAAAUUCGACUACUUCGCGAUCGAUUCCGGAAAGUGCUACCACAAAGGGGCCGCCUUCGGUGACAGCGCCUGCGAGGAAGACGUGCAUGUUGAUUCAGAUAACCCUAGCUGGAUCGACCCUGAAUCCGAUUAUCAAUUCGAUGAUCGGACCAAAGGAGAGGUGAGUUUUCCUAAAGUAAGUUCGGGAGGCGGAUUUUGGUCGGACGAGUCAUCGGAGGGGCAGAUAUCGCCUUUUGGUAGUGAAAAGGGGAGGUCUGAAGUAGACGAGGAUGUGAAAGGUGUGGAUGCCGAGGGGAUUAAGGAGGUUAAAGUGACAAGUGUGGUGAAUGAGAAUCUUGACCAAGAAGAUGUUGAUGAAAAUGCGAAGAUUCAUAUUUCUUCAGGGGAUUUGGAGGGUAAAAGUGUGGGCCUGGACAAGGUUUUGGCUAAUGGAGAAGAGAAGAGAGGGAAAAAUUGGUGGAAGUUCCCUUUUGAGAUUCUAAAGUUCUGUGCUUUCAAUGUGAAGCCAGUUUGGUCGAUAUCUAUAGCUGCGGCCAUAUUGGGGGUGAUGAUGCUUGGAAGAAGGUUGUAUAGGAUGAAAGAGAAAACUAGAAGUAUUCCUCUCAGGAUCAUCUUGGAUGAAAAGAAAGCAUUCCAGUUAAAGAUCCGUGCAGCUCGUCUUAACGAAGCCUUCUCAAUCAUGCGGCGAGUUCCGAACAUAAGGCCUUCACUACCUUCUGGUGGCAUGACGGCAUGGUCUGUGCUCAGCCUUCAGUGAGAUGCAUCUGAUCCAUAGAAGCGGAUCACUAGAUCGCCACACGCUCCAGUUAUUAUUGUCCACAAGCAAACACUGCUGAAUGAAACUUAUAAAGUAGCUCUGACCGUUGGAAACAUAAAAGAUUGCAUGUUCCAAGCAAGCAUUGGUGUUCAAGGUGAUCUCAAACUUGAGGUCAUUGAACAUGUUAUUGAUGCCGCUUUUAAACUGAGGUCAUGUGUCUAUAUGAAGUAGUAGACUAUCUUCCAGAUACUGUAUAAUUGUAACUUAGAUACACGUUGCUCUCUGUGUGUGCUCAUUAUUAUUCAGAGAGAGGAUUUGCCUAUACUAAA